AUGAACGACUUGUUCAAAGGCUUCGCAAAAGCCCACGCUGAGCAGAAUGGUUACCUGCUCGCGGCAACGCUCUCACCGAUAGCCUCAUCGGCCAAUCCCCAGCGAUUGAGAUUAAUCUCCAAGAGCAGUAAUUCGUCUAGCGUUAAAGGCGACAUCAAACACUUCAUCAAGUCAAAUUCAUCUCAUCAGAGAAAUCUUGGUCACGAGGAAGUGAAAGGCUGGGUCGAAGUGUAUGCCGCAUAUUGGAACGCUAUCGGAGACUUUGUUGCAGUGGAAGAUGGCAAGUCAACAUGGACCAAGGUCUAUGAAUCCUGGAAGGAUCUAACAUCCGCCCUGAUUAGAGGCUAUAACAACUUUGGCUUCGAGGCGUGGACCAUCCCAUGCUUAUAUGUGGUUGGAAAGUAUUUGAGGUUAUUUGCCAUCAGAUCCGACACGGAGCGUAGCCGCAGCGCCAAUGACAACUCUGGGGGAGCCGCCCUUAUACAAGAUGAUUUUGACCCAGAGACCGAAAAGCAGAGCCAAUUGAGAGACUGCGAGCAGCACCUCAAAAGGAUAUUCACCCUUUGUCUCAACGAUAGAGCCCCGCUAGAAGAGUCCAGGAAAUGGGGCAUCUACUUCAUUAUCAACCUGCUAUUCAAAACAUAUUUUAAGCUAAACUCUGCUUCGCUCUCACGAACUAUUUUGAAGACAUUAAGCGCAUAUAAGGGAGACAUGCCUGCAUUAUCGGCGUUUCCCAAAUCACAGAGAGUCACCUUUAAGUUUUACGAGGGUGUUUUAUUUUUCUUGGAGGAAAAUUAUAUCGAGGCCGAGAAAUAUCUUGUCGAAGCAUGGGAGCUCUGUCACAAGGAUGCGAAUGCAAAUCUGGAGCGAAUACUAACCUAUCUCAUCCCUUGCCGCCUUCUUACUAGCCAUCUGCUACCCACAAAGGCAAUCUUGGAGCCGUUCCCUCGCCUUCAAAAACUAUUCCUACCUCUAGCCCAAUGCAUCAGGAAAGGCGACCUUCGCGCUUUUGAUAUCGCGUUACAGGAAGGCGAGGAUGAGUUUGUGAAGAGGCGCAUUUACCUUACUCUCGAGCGUGGGCGUGAUAUUGCUCUGCGUAAUCUAUUACGCAAAGUCUUCAUUGCAGGAGGAUUUGACGAGCUCAAAGAGGGCGAGACCACGCCUGUGCGCCGCACACGAGUACCUGUCGCGGAAUUCCGCGCAGCUCUCUGUAUGGGAAGCGGAGGAGAGCUAGUUGACACAGAUGAAGUUGAGUGCCUGUUGGCGAAUAUGAUUUACAAGGAUCUGAUGAAAGGUUAUAUUGCCCGCGACCGAGGCAUCGUAGUCUUAUCCAAGAAAGGCGCUUUUCCAGGCACCGGUGUUUAA